AUGGCGGACGGCAGCGGCGGUUCCGCCGCCGCUGCAACAAAGUUUACCCGGAAAUCCUUCGAGUUUAAGAUGAGUAAGAAGGUAGCAGAACUUACGCAAGUGGUCCACAUGCUUUUUGUCAAAAACCACGAGAGAGAAGUAGAACUUGAGGCCGUCCGAGCGGCGUACGAGGAGGAAAUCUCCAACGUUAUCGCAGACGCUCGGGCCAAAUUGGAGAAGUUGAAAACCGCACUGACCGAGGAGCAGAGGAGAGCCGAUGUCGCCAAGGCGACAUUAGAACGGGGCCUCGAAGAGAAGGAUAAGGAAUUGUCACAGAGACUUGCCGCUGCUGAUGUCAAGACUCAAGAAUCAGAGAGAAGUAAUGAAUUCCUGAGGGAACAGGUUGGGAGACUUCAAAGAAUCGCCGAGUCUAAUGAGAAGAAUGAUAAAACUGAAGAGGAACUUGGACGGUUUCAGAAACAACUCGAGGUUGCUCACAAGGAGAUCCUGGCUCGAGAUGGGGAGCUCUCUAGGUACCGAGAGAUGGUGGGCAGACAGACCAACAAGCAAGAAGGAAACGACGCAAUCGUCAGCCAACUCAAAACUCAAAUAGACCGCAUAAAGUCGGACCUUAGUUCGCAGAUAUCGGAGUUGAAGGGUGAACUCUUAGAGACGAGUAAUGGGAAGGAACGACUCCAGCAGAAAAAUAAGAACCUCGAGUUGGAUCUGAGAAGCCUGAGGAAGGAGCUUGAUAGUAGACGUCUUGCAGAUUUCAAUGUCCAACCACAACAACAACUAACAUCCCCAAGAUCGCCUGGAAAUAUGGAAACAAAUGAAGAGCUGGAGAGGUUACGCAGGGAGGUCCGCAAGUACCGGAUGGAGCUCAGCAACAGGGAAGGGAAUUUCAAUCGUAUGUUCACAGACAGCGUGCCAGUACGUGUUGACCAAAGGCUCGGAGGAAAGGCUCUAGCUAGGACCAAGUCUGAUGCAAGCAUGCGCGCUCAAAUGCAGGUAGGGAAUCGAACUCCUCGUGACUCUGCCAACAACCAGCAAUACAGGCCAGGGCUGAACCGCCUUCCCACCCUCUCCAUGGACAGUAGACUGAGGGCAUCAAACAAUCGCAGCGGUACAAACCGCCUGUCGGCUGCAACUCCCAAAGAGAGGCAGGCUGCUGCAUUCUCGUUGUCAGAGUACCAGUGACAUAAAAUGGUCGUUUGCAAGGGGUUUUGAAGGAUUGGUUUACCAGUCAAAGAGAGUACCUUGACGGUAACAGAGGUUUACGGUAACACCAUGUGAAUAUCUCUUUUGAGUGGUGGUUCUAAAAAGAACAGACGGUUAACGACUCAACGUUUCGAUAUUGCUCUGAUCGUCGGCAGGAGAACGCUGUCUUCAAAGCCUUGAAGCUGUCUUCAAAUGUAUUCCAACCUCACUAUGCUGAGCAACCAGUAAACCACACAGUGACAUGAAAACACUAUAAUUAACAGUAAACUUGCGGGUACUACCAUGUAUUUUCUACUCAAGACGAGCAGAGUUCACUGUUGGAAAUGUCAAGACCAAAACAGCUCUUUUCUAAACCAACACUCCCUCAAAAGACUUUUAAAUACAUGGUUGUACCCGCAAGUUUACUAUUAUUUUAAAGUUUAUUCUUAUUAUUCACACCAUGCCGAGCUUCAAACCUCACUCACAUAGGGACACAUCACCAGGGUUCUUCAGGUAUGAGAAAUAUCGGAGUCGUUUAUCCGAGUUCAAACCUUUUUGUUUGUUUUCUCUAGAUAAAAAGAAAACACAUACUUUGACCUACCUCUCUAGUGUUGUGGGUACUUCAUAGAAGCUCCUUGCAGUCCAUGUAUUGCCAAAGGUUAAUUCCACUGUUUCAAUACCUCACAAAAUUUGGAGCCUAUUUUAACACCUUUUUUUUCAGCAACGAUUUCCCCAGGGGGCCUUUAUUGUGACAAUUUGGGAAAACACCCCCACACAUACUCCUACGCAUGCACGCACGCAAACAUUCCCCCAGCAAACGUUAAAAAUGUUGCACAAAGCCUAGUACCAGUAUCAAUAAAAAUCCCCUUCUGAUGGUUUAUUUUUUGUCUAAGUUGCACUUUUUAAAGGGAGCCGAUCCCAUUUUUAUUUCACCCAUAGAUGUUUCAUGAGGUACGUGUACCCACUAAUCAUGAAGUUUUGAGCUCACCCCCUCCUGUAGUUCAUUAUUUUAUAAGAUGUUCAACAGAACAUUUAAAGACACUUGGUGUAUCUAAUUACAUG